AUGGAGCCUGUGCAGACUUUCGUGGCCUAUACCGGAGACGCGUACGCAAUCGAACGCACCCUCCGCUUCCUCCAAGCCACUUUCGGCGUUCUGGCCAGUCUGUCGACGGACGUAGCAUAUGUAACACAUUCAAACCUCGCAAGAGCGAACAUCCACCUCGCCCGCCGCUUCUAUCGCGCCUUCAAAUGGAUGGACUGUGUCUACGAGGUCUUUGCAGCCCCGAAAUUCGACUAUGGCGGACUGCACGAGAACGUCCGAAUGCUCAAGGACUCGGCUCUGGCCAUGUACUUCUUCUUCGACAUGCUCAUACUACCGACUGCUAUGACGGGCGUCCGUGGGCCUGGGAAUGCCACGCUCGAGAAUACGGCCCUGACAUGCUGGUUUUACGCGAUUCUGCUGUCCAUUACGCUCAACCUGAUCGAGUUGUCGCACAUCUCAACAAAGGCUGCAUCUGCCGAGAAGGAUGUCAAGGCGAACGAAAAGUCCCACGGAACGAAGUCUCCCGUGGCCAAGAAAGAGCGACUCAAGUCAACCUCUACGUCAGCGAGGGAAUUGAUCUGCAACGUUCUCGAUCUCGCUAUUCCCGGUGUCGCUAUUGGCUACGUCAAGCUUGAUCCGGCCUAUGUUCAUAUUGCAAUGGCAACAAGUUCUUUGAUCACGAUGAACGCAAUCUGGAAUCGGAUCUAUGCGGAGAAAGAAGCGGCCCCAUCGUAG